AUUACACCCUUUUGGGUAGGAGGUGUCCUGAAAGUUUCCAAUGGUCUAUAAAAGUUUGACAAAAGGGGCCUACGAUUACUUCUAUUCAUAUCACCCGAAGGAGAGGAUCAACCAUGAAACUGUACCUGGCAGCCAUCCUUGCCACUGUUUUCCUGGAGAACUUCAGCGUGCAUAUUCUCAGAGGAGCUGCUGGAUCUCAGAUUAUGCCACGAAGUCUCUGCACAGCUGUGGAAGUCAGAAGAAUGAAAUUGGAAGUACUAGACAGUUACAAAAUUCUAAAAAAUAAACAAAUUGUGGUACUAAUCACCAAGAAAGGCAUCGAGCUCUGCAUGCCAUCUGAACAUUUAUGGGUGAAGAAAGCGAUUCACCACUUGGACCGAAAAGCAGCUCUUGCAAACCCGAAAAGUACUACAAGUCCAGAGUGUGUUACUAACUAAUUUACAAUAUUUCAAUUUCCAAAUCAAUAUAAGUUAUGAACUUUUCCAUCUAUUAAAACCAUAUAUUUACAUUAGAGCAGUGGUUCUCAACCUGUGGGUCCACAGGUGUUUUGGCUUACAACUCUCAGAAAUCCCAGCCAGUUUACCAGUUGUUAGGAUUUCUGGAAGUUGAAGGCCAAAACAUCUGGGGACCCACAGGUUGAGAACCACUGAAUUAGUCAUUUAUUCUCGCCUUUACUAUUAAUUUGAUUAUAUUGUCUUUAUCUAUAUUUAUUGUGGUAACAAUAUCACUCAAUUGUUUCUGCUGGGUGAAAUAGCACCGGGACUGUAGUACAGCUGGCUGGGAGUCCGCUGCAUUAGAUCACUACUGACCGAAAAGUCAUGAGUUUGAAGUCAGCCCGGGUCAGAGUGAACUUCCAACCAUUGUGUAGCUUGCUGUUGACCUUUGCAGCCCGAAAGACAGUUGCAAGGAAAUUUAGGUACUGUUUAUGUGGGGAGGCUAAUUUAACUAAUUUACGAUGCCAUCAAAAUCUCCAGCAAGCAUGCAAAGAAUGAGGAAGUGCUCCAUCAGUGUCACAAAUGGACAGUGAAGCGAUAGCUCCCCUGGUGGCCAGAAUACCCUCAUGAAGCUGGAAUGUUAAAUGGCCUCUAUGUGUCUGCCUAUAUAAGUUGUGUGUCUAAGGCAUUGAAUGUUUGUGAUGUACAUUGUAAUCUGCCCUGAGUCCCUUGCAGGGUGAGAAGGGCGGAAUAUAAAUACUGUAAAUAAAUAAAUAAUAAAUAAAUAUACAGCAUACAAAAUAAUGCUAUAAAAAUGUCCAGCAUUGAAAUUGCUUUUCCUCCCCAAACCAGUCUUUGAAGAAGAAAAAAAAAUCUCAGUCUUUUCCUUCCUCUCAGUCUUUCUGCUCCUGACUAUGCCAUCAUCCCUUCCAUCUUAUUUCCUGAUCCCUUCUAUCAUUUCUGAGGUUUGAAUUAGACUGGAUGACUUCCAAGAGUUAACUUUAAUCAUGUGAGGUGGGGAAAGAAAGAAUUUAUUGUUGUUGGUGAAACAUUAACCAAUCUGUUGUGAAGCAAAAUUUCACUUUAUCCUCUCCCUUGGAUGAAAUGCUAGUUCUGUCAUAUGUGAGCAGUUUGAAGUCAUAAUAAUUUGUUGUUUAUUCAUUUAAUCACUUUUGAUUCUUUGUGACUUCAUGGACCAGCCCACGCCAGAGCUCCCUGUUGGCCAUUGCCACCCCCUAGCUCCUUCAGAGUCAAGCCAGACACUUCAAGGAUAUCACCCAUCCAUCUUGCCCUUGGUUGGCUCCUCUUUCGUUUCCCUUCCAUUUCCCCAGCAUCAUUGUCUUCUAUAAGCUCAUAGAUCUUACAUUCCAGGUUCCUAUUUAUUUAUUUAUUUAUUUACAGCUUUUAUAUUCCGCCCUUCUCACCCCGCAGGGGACUCAGGGCGGAUUACAGUGUACACAUAUAUGGCAAACAUUCAAUGCCAAUUUUGACAUACAACAUAUACAGACAUAGACAGAGGCUAUUUAACUUUUUCUGGC